AUGUCGCGGCGCAAUGAAUUUCUUGACCAGGAUCACUCCGAGGAAUCAACUGAGGAAAGUGGAUAUGAUUCUGAGGCGGCAGAAGUGUCGAGAACAGAACGCAGAGGAGUGAAGAGAAGGAAAUUAUCACAUUCGUCAGCCAGUUCGGAAGAAGGACAAACAGACUUGGGAGAAAAGACACUCCAAGGCGAGAAUGUUAGCGACAAAAAUGCGAUUGGGGACCAAGAAGUCGAAGCUGCAAGCGAGGACGAUGAUGUGCAGGGUCGAGAAACAGAGUACCCAGUCAAGAGUGCCUUGCUCGCUGUUCAAAAGAACUCUAAGAGGCCUAAGAAAGAGAGAACACCCGGUGUCGUAUAUCUCUCGUCUUUACCGCCGUACCUGAAACCGUCAGCUCUGCGCAAUCUCCUAGGCCAGCGAGGCUUUGAACCUGUCACACGCCUCUUCCUCACUCCAUCCUCCAAGCACAAGCACAACUCGAAGAAGAACUCGCGACAGCUCUACUCGGAAGGGUGGAUUGAAUUUGAGAGCAAGAAGACUGCAAAGAGAUGCGCUGAAGCUCUAAAUGCGCAGCUUGUGGGUGGGAGGAAAGGCGGGUUCUACUACGAUGAUCUAUGGAACAUGAAGUAUUUGAAAGGCAUGGCCUGGGACGAAUUGAUGGCUGGCAUUCGCGAAGAGCGACGGGAAGAGGAAGGUAGGAGAGAUGAGGAGCGAAGAAAGAUUGCUGCUGAGACGAGGUUGUAUGUGGAGGGAGUUGAGAAGGGGAAGCGACUUGAAGGCAUGAAAAAGAAGAGGAAGCUGAAAACUUCUCACGCUGAUCAAGCGGAUGAUGUUCAGAGGGUCUGGCGACAACACGAGGUUGCACAAGAUCGUACAGAGACCUCACGCUCAUCUUUCGAUCCUGCAGUGCAGCAGGUAUUGUCAAAUAUCUUUUAG